CUCUGUUUCGGGGCUGAGCUGGAAGCUGCUGCCGGAAAGCCGGUCGGAACACUACGGAGGUUAAAGUGAGGCAGCGAUGGACCAACAAGGUUAUGGCGGGGCUUCAUCAUCCAUGAGUUAUUCCCAAAGGGUGAUGGUAAAUGGAAUCUCUCCCCCAAAUCUAUCAGAGGAGGACAUAGACUAUCUGCGGACUGAACUGACAAAGGUGGAGGAUGAGAUCCAGACGCUGCGGCAGGUGCUGCUGGUCAAAGAAAAGUAUGCGACAGAAAUCAGGAGUGAGCUGGGUUUGACCCCCUUCAGUAACAUCAAACAGAACCUGUCCAAAGGCUGGCAGGAAGUCCAGACCUCCACCCCAUAUCUCACAGCCUCGGCAACUCUGGACGACAUCAGCAACUCCAACAUAGUUGUGAGGACACGGGAGUCCUUCUUCCACGCAGGUCAUUUGACGACCUCCGCUCUGUCCAACAUGGGCGUGAGCAUCACCAGGAGACUCGCAGACAUGAGAGCUCUGCCUCUGCCCAGCCCCCCACGGCUGAGCCACACCAUGAGUGUGCCGUCGAUGAGGUGA